AUGGUUGUGUUCGUCGACUUGGACUUGGACCACGAUGCCUUCACCGAGCAUCCCGGCUCUACGAUCCCCUUGGGGAAGCCGUUCCCGCCCAAGCUGACGGUCGCUCCACUGGCUACAGAAUCAUCUUCCGGCGACUUCCCACCUUCACCAACUUCAUUAGAUGAUGAUCGCGACGUACAAUGCUCGCAUUCGGGCUCAAACCCAAAGCAUGACGCGGAGACUCAGGUAGCGGUAUAUCCCAACCGGAAUGCCUUCUCUGCGGCACUGAGUUGUUACCCCGUUGUCAAGGAAAUCGCUCGAGCAAUCGAUCUCAACACUUUGCAUGCUUUAUCGCGAACAUGUCGCCAAUUCCACGUGAACCUCGCGCCUUUUCGACACCAGCUGGUGCGAGAGACUCUCCGCUGCGAAAACGAGUAUAUCGAGACGGUCGCGGAGAUGCUAGAUGCUGGGACCGCUAUUCCCAGCAGCGUUAAAUCGGUACUGAAACUACUGAGCCAAGGGAGCUCAGACUCAGGCCGUAUGACGCGCGGGAAAGUGGGCAGAUGCGCACGCGACAUGGUAGGCGAGUGUCGACGUUGCAGCAAGGUUGUCUGCAGAAAUUGCACAAUCAAACCGCCCUCCCAAACAGCCAUGAAAGAUCGUAUCCGUCGCCUCUGUCGCACAUGCAAUGCCGCCCCUCUCUCCGACCACCUCAUACCCGAUACAUCAUAUAAUGAUACCUCUCCCGAUCUCCGCGAAGAGGGCAUAAAAGCCGCCACCCUAAAACAAAACAUAUGCAACUGCUCCGACGCCGUCUGGCUCUGCGUACAAUGUGGCCAAACCCUCCGCAGCAAUGAUACAACCUACCGCCGUGUCUGGGCCUGGCGAACCCGCUACAGCACAUAUCUAGGCGGAGGCCUUGGAACAGGAAUCGGCGAAGGAAGCCAAGGCGUAAAAUGCGGGCGUGGCGAGACUUGUCUUGCCGCGAAAGAAAUUGAACUAGAGGUUGACUGUGAGGUUGAUGAGAGCUCGAGUGAUACGAGUAGUACUGGGCAUCAUAGUCCCGGAUAUUAUCCGUCUGGAUCUGCUGCGGGAUCUGCUUCUGUUUCUGUCUCUGCUUCGUCGCACUAUCAUCAUGAGCUUGUUUCGUCGGAUAGUCAUGAUGAUGAAGAGCCGGGGUAUUUUCGACAGGAGGUUAUUGGGUUGGGGGGUGUUGUGAAACAUAAGUCGAAAAAGAGGGUUAUGGUUGGUGCUUGUGUUGUUGAGUAUGAGGAUGAGAGAGAGACGGGGAAGUAUCUUGUUCGAGAAGAGUGUGGUUCGCAUCGUGCUUGGUGUGGGUGGUGUUCUAGAAUUAUUCCGGCGCAGACUGAGGUUGGAUCGGGUUAA